UACCCGCGUUCCUCUCGUCGACCGGGAUCCGUGAAUUUGUAUCACAUCUUCAACCCCUUUCCUCGGCCUCCUGUCGCGAGGGCCGCCCGCGAGUGUAACGUGCGCGAUUUUUGAACCCCGUGUUUACCGGUGUGCACUGUGUGCCAUGGAGAUCUAGGAACGCCGGUCAGGAAACGGGACGCAUGACAGACGAUACCAGGCGGACGUUAUCAGGCUCAGUAGCUUUCGGCGACGCGAUCGAGAGAUGUCGGACGAUGUUGGCGCGGAUAAUCCGGCGUUCGCCAACGAGGGCGAGUCUGGUGCCAAGCUGGAGAACGGCGGCCAGCAGCAAGUGACCUCGGACCAAGACCGCAAGUCCUCGGCGGACGACGCGCCGAUAGAAAAUGGCCAUCAGCGGUCCUUCGUCUCGCAGCACUACGUCGAGCCCGUCAAGCCGGCCUCGGAACCGUGUUACAAAACGGAAACGAGGAUCGAGCUGCCGGCCGACAACGCGGAGAAGAGCCUGCCGGAACCGAAGCUCAACGGCGUCCACGGGAAUGGCAACAACAACGAUGCCAGCUUCCUCAACAACAGCGCCGCGAGCGUGCAGGUCAACGAGUCUGGAAAGAAGGAACAGAUCGAGGCCGUAAAUCUGGAACUGGUUUCGAUGAGGCCAUACACGGGCAACAAUAUUCAAACGAAAGGUCAGGAAGCCUGCGAGGUACCAGCUGAUCCUUACGAGGAGUAUUUCGUGCCGGUUAACGAGCAUCGAAAGUACAUCAGGGGAGAGAAGCUCUACGUCACGAAAGACAAACGAUCCAGAAAUUCAUACUGGAAAAAAAUGUUUUGGGGAUGUGCAUUGGUCGUAAUAAUUAUCGUGAUAGUGGCUGUUGUGGUCGGAACUGGUGUGAUGCAACCACAAGUAACUACAGAAUCCUUGGAGAAUGUCGGAGAGAACAACACUCAUCAAUUUAAUGACAUACACACGGCUGGGUUCGGUCAAGGAUAUGUGAAAAAUCCGCCAUCAAGUCCACCGCCCUUUACUUCAAGCUUUCCACCGUGGCCUACGACUGACGAAACGUUAUAUCAAACUGUACCGAACGCUCUGGAUGGAAUCCUGCGGCUGGACAACUUAAAGUGGAGUAAUGACUUGAGCGAUACGAAAUCGCAAGUAUAUAGACAAGUAAGCGCUGAAAUAGAAAACCAUUUAGCAAAAGUUCUUCAAAAUAUAGACAACAUGCCUGUGAUCAGAGUAUACGAUAUCAAAAAGAACGGAGACGUGAAAUUCAGAAUGAGCCAUCCACCUUCGGAUACCGUCAAGCAAAAUCAGAAGUACAUUGAAGACGCGCUCCAUAAAAAUGGUGACAUGGUAGGACGGUAUUAUUUGAUCAAGCUUCAAGUGGAAGAGCUAGUCGAUCAAUGUGAACAUGGUAAUCUCGAAUGUACCGGAAGCUGUGAAUACAAUUAUUUCGCGGGUAUAUUCGCGUGUACUUGCAGUCCCGGGAAAAUGUUAGAUAAGGAUGGCAAGACUUGCGUGGAUGACAAUGAUUUGAGUAACGUUGAAAUGGAUGACGCAAUGCCACAAACCAGCACGGAGCCAAUUCACGAUUUUGUUCAGGGUAGAAGCAGAGAUCCGAGCGUAACGCAGUUUGAGCCUAGACAUCCCAAUACUUGGGAACGUCCGGACUUUAAGCCUGGAUCAACUGAAACGUCUACGUCAAGAUCUAUAAUAGAACACGUUGAUUCACAAUCCGAAGAGCAUACUACAUCUACACCAACGACGAAAGACAUACAUGAAUACGAUUCUCAUUGGAAUCAUGAACAUUCGCAUCAUUCAGCGGACACAACUUCUGAAUCAGAACUUUCUGUUAAAAUAUCAUCCACUGAAGAACCAGAACCUGCUGCUGAACCCACUGCGGAACCAGAACCAAUUAAACCAGAAUUUGCUGAACCAGAAUCUGCUGCUGAGCCAGAACCUACUGCUGAACCACAACCUGCUGCUGUAACAGAGCCCAGUGCUGAGCCAGAAUCUACUAUUAAACCCGAGUCCGCUUCAACAGAAUCACCUGUUCAAGCAGAUCCCACUGCUCGACCAGAAUCUACGACUACUGUAUCGGAACUCGCUACUGAACCAAAACUGGUCUCUGAGCAGGAGCCUACUGCAGAACCCGAGCCAAAGCCGGCCAUCGAAUCAGAAACUACUAUAGAAUCUAUCACUAUAGAAUCCGAAAUAGUACCUUCUGUGGAGCCAAUUACUGUCGCAGAACCAGCAGCAACUUCCGAAGAAAUAGGUAAUAACGUAAAAUCGCAAACGGAAUCGGACCAUCUAACAACAACGGAAUCAUACAUGGAAUCGAACACUAAAAUAUCAAUCAGUCAGUCAGAAUCUACUGCUAAACCAUUUAAUGAUAAUACCGAAUCAUCUACGCAAACAGAUAUGGAUAUAUCUACGUCUCUUACUGAUUCAAUAAAUGAAAAUGAUGAUGCUGUAUCUUCGACCACAACUAUAAAAUCUAAUGACAAUCAAAUGGAUGAUGAAAUAUUGCUAGAGGUACUACCCAUAUCCAAAAAUGAUUCUGCUGUUAUAAACGACAACGUGGAAACUAAAAUGGAAUCAACAACUAUACAAACCCACACUAGCGAGGACGAUAAAAUUACAACUAAGGAGACAGAUUUUACGACUGUAAAUUAUGAAAAUUUAAAACAAGAUGGUGAUGAAAAUGUUGCAUUAAUUAAUAAGAAUAACAAAAUAUCAAAUACAACCAUGGAACAAUCUACGCAAAGUCCUGUCCUUCAGGAAGACAAAAAUACUGAUUCUAUUGUAAAAACAAAUAUUCAUACAAAUGUCCAAAAUGAAAGUUCUUUGAUCAGUGAACAUGAUUCAAUAACCGAACAACCAUCAAUCAUUAAUGCAAAUAUUUCUGAAGAAUCUGAUUCAAGUACUAUGACGAAUAUCACACCGGUUAUACCAAUGGAAGACAAAACAGAUUCGACUACGAGGUCUCCGCUUAAUAGGCAUUUCCAUACAAUAGAGAUAAAUGGCGUAAGUAUGAACUCGCACAACAAUCCUAAAUCAUACGAAACGACCACGUUAUCGGGAAUUACUUCUGCUGACGUAUCCACUCCGACAACAUCCGAUCGCCAGGAAGAAAACACACUUCAGCCCGAGUUACGAUCCAAAUCUGAUACGCAAGAUUCGAACGAAAGGAACGUCAUUGAGCACAUGCCGACGACGAUUUUCCCUAAAGUACCAGAAAACUUCGCCCACAACGUCGAGCCGCUGAAGGAACCUGUCGUGAAAUCGACGGACGACGAGCACAUCAUGCUGAUAUCAAAAUCUCAGCCACCUGUGGAGCUGCACUCGAUAAUUCCAGAACUUAUCCCAGAACUGAGCUCACAAACCACUAAUGAGACAUUGCGAGUGGAGAACUCGAUGAAAAUCAAUCUGCAGGAAUCCGCGAAUGACACGGUCUCAUCGACAGAACGUUCGGAUGAGAAUAUCGUUCACGCGAGCAAUAGUGAACACACGAUUCGUCCUGACGAAGUUCAAGAACACUCAACUAGCCAUCCGCUCCAUCCGGCAAUAUUCCCAGAAAACUCGGUAGAUCAUUUCGCAAUAAAGCCUGAUGCAAAUGACGAGCGACACGUUGAGGAUAUGUCGCCAUUCUUGCCGGACGUUCAAAAGGAGAAAGAAAGCGCGAAGGCGAAGGCACCGCGAUUGGAUAAGGACGAACAAGACGUUCCCAAUCCUUUCGAGACUCACAUCGACGACGUCAUUACGCAUCGACCGUUACUACACGUUAAUGCGGAUGAUACAAAACACAAAGUAAACGAAACAGAAAGCAAAGAUUUGUUGAAUGACGUCAAUUUGCAUUCUCCGAGCGAUGGAGGAAAGGUUGACACCUCAAAGAAAACGGAAGAAAACCGCAAAACGAACGUCGUAGACGAUAAUAGCGCGAAGAAUGCUAUUAAAAACGACUUGGAUAUCAGCGAAGCUACCAAUGGCACAGAAUCUAAAAUUCCGUAUGCGCUACAUCAGGAUGGCGAUUCUGCCAAAGCGGACGCUAUUGACGUAACAAAAGAUAUUAUAGAUAAGAAAAAUAAUACUUCUUUUGAAAAUAACGAAGCACUGAAGGUAAUUCCAUUGAUGGUAGGAGACAAAUCGGUGGAUUCAACCUCGCAAACUACGAUGCAAUCCAGAGAUAACAAAACGAUAGACGAAUCUGCCAAAGUAACAACUCUUACCGUGAAGAAAGCAGAGGAAGGAAUCGGAGAUUUCGUAGUAGAAAGUCGUGUUAACAGCUCAGAGAAACCAGAAGAGAACGCUGUGGAAGAUCAUUACAACGACAUUACGGACGAAACUCUGUCCAAAGGAUAUCGACACGAUCACAUCGGCAAGGAUAUUCCAAUUAAAAUCAUAGACGAGUCCAGAAAAACAAUUUUCAGGAAUGUUGAUCCUGAAAGAGUUCCUUAUAAAGAUAUAGCUUCUCCGACGAUUUCAUUUGACGCUAUAAAAGAGAAAAACAGACCGGACAAGGAGAUACUUUCUGAUACAACAAAAAGUCCGGUAAUCACGAAAAUGGAAGGUCUGGAUAAUCAGACAGAAAUUGUCCGAUUGACUACUCAAGAACCAGUGUUACCGAUGGAGAUUCAACAAGAAAUGUCGACGACAGUGGCAACCGACAAACUUGAGAUCACUACUGUGAUCGACGACGGCAAACGAGAAGAGAAUAACACGGAGCAACCGAACUUGGCUCAGUCCGAGAAGGAAGCUGUUACAACAGCGCAGAUCACGACUCAAUCUACGCUGGAGACCGCCAGGACUACGGCUCAAGUGCCGAUCUUGCCUGAGGAGCUGCAAACGACGGAAACGACUGAUGCGUUAACAACGUCACCAAUGCCGACUGAAACUGAAGAAACAAAGCAGACAACUAUCGACAAAACCGAGUCAAAAGCUUCCGUGGAAGAGAUUAAUGACGAGGCGAAAGAGAACGAAAACGCGGUAACUCACAGCGUCGAAGCGGACACUUAUGACACAUCGUCGGAAAGGAAUAUGGCAGCAACGACGGUAUAUGAGAGUAACGUGAGUUUGCGAUCUGGUCAAAAAAUCGGACACGAUACAGAUGAACAAAAUCGAACAGAAGGUUCGACAGAAAGCAUGAGAGUGCAGACUACUCCUAUGACACCCAUAACGGAACGUAGCAUUACAGCUAGCAUAGGAAGAACUUCGACUGCGCAAAGUGAUGUUGUCACCGAGGAUGUCAGACCAGUCACGGAAGUGAUUGAUGACACGCAACCGAUGAUAGAAUUCGAUUACAGAACGCUGUUCAUGACGACGACACCGAAGGCAAUGUUAAUCCAACCGGAUCCGGAUGAACUUCCCGAGGAAGCGCUCACAGUGAUACCACUAGAGAAGAGUCAGGAAAGCAAGAAGAAACCGGCUGACAAGAAAGGCUUUGAUAAGUACAAGUAUAAGAAGGAGAAAGACCUGACCUUGGAGGAUCAGGAUGAGGAGAACGGUUUAACGGAGAGUCCCAAUCCAACAACUCUUUUCCAGACUGAAUUGCCGAGGACGGUUGCCACUAGAAAUGACGAAGAAUUGAGCGACAGCGCAGUGAGCUCCGAUAUAGAUCCAAGCGUGCCCAGAUUUGUUCUAGCUGACACAAAAGGCAAUAUCUUGCCGAUAUCGAAGCUGAAGAACAUUGCACGCCCUGACAGUAGCAAACCUGUCGAAACAAAGGGAACAACCGUAGAAACGAAGAACAAGGCCUACCCUAGCUUCAUACCCGUGUCGGAAGAGAUAAUAGACUCGGCACCAGUCACGGAGUCUUACGCGAACAUGAGAAACUACACCUAUCAUCCUAUGAUUGUACCAGGUGUUUUUCGAACAACGAUUGUGAAUGAGACGUCAAACAAAGAUCCCACCGAUCGGGAAACAGAUUCUUCUCACAUCGCUGCAAGAACAAGCGAGACGAUUGAGCAACCUGUCGCUCUCCCUACGGAUCAAUCAUCUGACAACGUCCACGAAACGGAAGUGGACAGUGUGACGAAGAAACCGAGCACGAUCCGAGUGAUCGUGGAGACUACGCCGCUGAAUGCAGGUGUCGAGAGUGUAACUGCCGCUGUCAGCAGCUCCCCGGAACCUAACACGACGCCCAACACGAUUGUCCACUCGAAGUGUAAUGCAGGCCAAUUUCAGUGUGUCAAUGGUACAUCGAGAAACGGCGCGUACUGCGUGCCGUUAUCCGCCAAAUGUGACUCCGAGAACGAUUGUUCCGACGGUUCGGACGAGGUAAAUUGCGAGGCAGAGGGCUGUCCGGGUAAUUUCCGCUGUGCCAGCGGGCAAUGCCUGAAAAGGCACCUCGUGUGCAACAAAAUCAUGGAUUGCGAUGAUGGCAGCGACGAGCGUGACUGCGAUCACUGGAAGUGCCAAUCCGACGAGUUCAAAUGUCCAAACGGAAGAUGUAUCCCGGAGCUGUGGCGAUGCAAUGGUCGGUCUGACUGUGAGGGUCAUCAAGAUGAACACAAUUGCGCCGAAAGCUGCGGAAACGACGAAUACCUGUGCCCAACAGAAAAAUGGUGCAUCCCUCAAACGUGGCGUUGUAACGGGGUUGCCGAAUGUGUCGACGGGGAGGACGAGAAGCUGUGCGAAUGUGACCUGGAUCAAUUUAAAUGCCAAACUGGCGGAUGCAUUCCCUUGUUCCAAAUUUGCGACAGCGUUGGUAACUGUCCGGAUCAUUCGGACGAAUGGGACUGUCUAAUCGCCAAUAUCACCGCGGACAGGACUCUGACUAAUACGGAAAUGGAUGCCAAUGCCGACGGCAGUACGACGAGCGAGUCGGAUGACCGUGUGCCACUGUUAAAAAUAAGGCAAUAUAAUGAUGAUUAUCAACUAGUCUGCUCGGAUGGAUGGAGCGAAGAAUUCAGUGAUUCCUAUUGUCGCGCUUUGGGAUUCGCCGGCGCAGAGACAACUGAGAGAUCCGCGUGGAACAAGGAACAGUAUGGACAAGAAAUCUUAAGACUGAAAACAAAUCCGAAUCAUCGUCGGCCGCUAGUCACGAAUUUAGAGCAAGUAGGAUUCUGCGUGUCAGAAAAAGUAGUACGCGUAUCGUGCCAAGAAUUCACAUGCGGCCUGCACUAUGCGGAUGGACCGACCGCAAGACUGGCUGGUGGGAUUCCCGCCAGCAAUGGGCAAUGGUCCAGCGUGGCCCUGUUAAAGGAGUUAAAACAUGGAGCCGCUUGUACGGCUAGUAUACUCGGCCCUAUGCACGCUUUGGCCAGUUAUUCCUGCAUUCACAGGUAUAAAGAAAGUAACGAGUGGCAACUUUUCACUAGUGCGAAUAUGGUAAAAGGAUACUCGGUUAAAAAUAUCAUGCCCUAUCCUCAAGUUAAAUAUAAUCAGUUCUUGUAUAACAACGACAUCGUUUUGAUCGAAUUGGAGGAGCCAUUAAUAUUCUCCAGAAACGUUAGCGCUGCUUGCCUUCCCAGACAGACUAUCCAGCCGAGACAGAUUUGCGUAACAGCAGGAUGGGGAUUCUCUGUAAACGGAGAAAUGGACCUACAACAAUAUCUCAAAUUCCUACCCGUUCCGACAUAUGAUUCCGAUAAAUGUAAUGCUACGGAUCAUUAUGCAGGAUUCAUCACGAAGCACGAUAUCUGCGCCGUAGGAUUCACCGAUGUAGAUAAAGGACCUUCUUAUAAUGACGAAGGAGCACCCUUAAUAUGUGUCAGUGCGUCGGAAAAAUGGGAAAUUCAGGGUUUAUUAAGUCAUCACAGCAGAUCAAGAGAUCACCCAGCAGUUUAUUCGAGCUUGGAGCCAGUCCUCUCGUGGUUGCGCAAAUCAGUGCCAGCUUUGCGAACGUAAAGCUAAAUCAUUAUUAUACCGAAUUUUCAAAAUACACCAGAAGUGUAUAUGAAGUCGGUCCACUAUGAUAUUGUGUUACAUGUUAAACGAGGAAAUCGCAAUUUUAAUAAGCAAGAAGAUAUUUGAUAAAAGAAUUAUAAAGACAACAGAAAAGCGUGAGCUAGAUUUUUCUCUUUCUAGCUCUCUCCGUGUUCUAAAGUAUACAUUUAAUUCACUUUCACAUUUUUCUUUCAUAUUUUUGAACUUUCCCAAUGUUCCUAUUGAUUCCUAUUGAUAUGUUAACAAUUCUCACAAAGAUACAAUAUUAAUAAUUCUCUAACAUUUUUGGUUUUUUAGAAAAAUUCAAAUAUCAUUACACGAAAAAGUGGAAAAUAAGAGCUCAAAAUUCUGUAGAAUAAAAAGCAACAUAAAUAAGAAAUCAAAAAUAUGACAAAAUUAUACUGAUUUAUAAUUAAGGAAACAUUAUGUAAAUACUGUAUAAAGUAACUGUUUAUUAUGGAUAAUGCGGUAUGAGUUUAUUAGCGAAAUAGGUCUCUCGAAUUUCCAUUUUUUUAUUUACAAAAUUUCUUACUGCUAGUUUACAUGAAAUUCGCUUCAAUUUAAUCUGUAAUCGACUUAAAACUACUUUUGUGAUAGUUCGGAUAUUUUUUCCUUUGUACAUCAAUUAUGAAACAAUUAAUAAUAAGAGACCGAGACACGUCUGAUUAUAUACGAAUCGACAGUUUGUCUCAGAGAUCCUAAAACAGGAUUUCUGAAAUGAACAAUGGAUAGAAUUAAGCAAUAGAUAGGAUAAAUGUAUAUAAUAUAUGAUUAUUUUAAUAAAAUGCAUUGUUAUAUAUAGAGAUUGAACAGUAAGGUAUGUUCACGUAUGCAUAUAGUCACUGAUGAACGCGUAUUUUUAUAUUUCAAGUAAAAGUGGUAAAUAAAUGUAUUUUAAACA